AUGGACGGUGCUCCAAUAGACGAUGCGCUGAAUCGCAGUUAUCUUCGUUCAAGUAUUUCGGAGGGCUCCACGGGUCACGUACUUUUGAGCUUUCCGGGAGACCCCAACUCCGCUCGCCAGUCCUUCCCCAGACGCCUCCAUGCCCGCCUCCAACAGUACGACCUCACUGUGCAUGGGCCUGACGAAAGGCAGGUGGCCAUCCAGCAGUCCCAGAUCUGCAUCCCGAUCCUCUCGGAGGACUACACAUCCAGUGAACGGUGCCUAGAGGAGCUCGUCCAGAUGAUGGAGGGUAGGAGAAGAGCAGAACAGAUGGUGUGGCCCAUUUUCGACCGAGUGCAGCGCUCGGACAUUCGAAACCUGACAGCGAGUUUCCAAAUCGCUCGCGGUUAUGCAAACGGGGGAUUGCAGAGCGCACUUGAAGAGGUGAGUGGGCUACCUGCAUGGAGGGUCGCUGACAGGCGCGAAGAAGAACUAGCAAAGAGAGUUGUCCUAACUGUCCUGGUAUACUUCUGGCCAACGAUACAGACAGGUCCUCGGUUUGUCCGUUACAAUGUAUUCUUGAGCUACAGAGGCAAAGAUACUCGUUGUGGCUUCCCUGGUCGCCUGUUCAUCAGCCUUAGGGAGGCCGGAGUUUCUGUUUACCCACAUGAUAUUAGUGUUCGUGCACGUAGGGAGUAUCGCUCAGAGCUUCGCAUGGCGAUAUCAGGGUCUCCAAUCUACAUUCUUGUCCUCUCACGAAAUUACGCUUCCAGCAGGUGGAGCAUUGGCUUGCUCGCAAGGAUGCUCGAGUUCACAGAAAUAAGACACUUAAUCGUGCCCAUUUUCUACCUAGAGCAACCCCAAGGAGACGGGUCUCAGGGACCCUUCUAUUCAUAUUGGGCGGCGCGUAUUGGUGACGAACUUCAGUUGAAGAUACUGGGAUUGCCGGUUGACUUGCUUCUUGGAUUCUUCCAUCCAAAUGACCGGUCUAUUGGAGAGACGAUCAGCCAAGCUGUUCAAUUUGUGUUGACCCUGUUGCGGGAUCGCUUUCAACUAGACGUAUCCGAGAGCUUGCCUGGAAUUCGAUGA